GGAGGCUGAGCUUCCCCAUGCUCAGAUCUGGUUUCUUUGCGCUUCCUCUGGCGCACUGCCACAGGCUGAGCCACCAGCUGUGCUAUAUAAGGCCUGGCGGCUAGACGCUGGAGAGAGGAAGACUUGAACCCCCCAGCUGAGGAGUUCUGCUCAGGCCCCGGUGACUGUAUCUGAGAAACUUCCCAGGGGACUACGUUCCAAGGAGGACCUAACUUUGAAGCACUCUCACCCAUCUCCUCACCCAUAUUCCCCACAGGGCCUGAGGGAAAGAUGGUGGGGACCAAGGCCUGGGUGUUCUUCUUCCUGCUCCUGGAAGUUACCUCCGUGUUGGGGAGGCAGAUGAUGCUCACUCAGUCGGUAAGAAGAGUCCAGCCUGGGAAGAGGAUCUCCAGCCUCUUUGCCAAGCCUGGUGACUCCCUGGAAAGUCCUGGUGAGUGGACAACAUGGUUCAACAUUGACCACCCAGGCGGGCAGGGUGACUAUGAGCGGCUGGAUGCCAUUCGCUUCUACUAUGGGGACCGUGUGUGUGCUCGGCCCCUGCGGCUAGAGGCUCGGACCACUGACUGGAUGCCUGCAGGCAGCACUGGCCAGGUGGUCCAUGGCAGUUCCCGUGAGGGCUUCUGGUGUCUCAACAGGGAGCAGAGGCCCGGCCAGAAUUGCUCCAAUUAUACCGUGCGCUUCCUCUGCCCCCCAGGGUCCCUGCGCAGAGACACAGAGCGCAUCUGGAGCCCAUGGUCUCCCUGGAGCAAGUGUUCUGCUGCUUGUGGUCACACUGGAGUCCAGACCCGAACACGCACCUGCCUGGCGGAGACAGUGUCAUUGUGCACUGAGGCCUCUGAGGAGGGCCGGCUCUGCAUGGACCAGGCCUGUACAGCCUGUGAUAUGACCUGCCCCAUGGGCCAGGUGAAUGCCGACUGCGAUGCCUGCAUGUGCCAGGACUUCAUGCUACACGGAACUGUCUCCCUACCUGGGGGUGCCCCAGCAUCAGGGGCCACUGUCUACCUGCUGACCAAGACACCUAAGCCACUGACCAAGACAGACAGCAGUGGGAGGUUCCGAGUCCCUGGCGUGUGCCCUGAUGGCAAAAGCAUUCUGAAGAUCACAAAGGCCAAGUUUGCCCCCAUCAUGCUCACGAUGCCCAAGACCAGCCUAAAGGCAGCCACUGUCAAUGCAGAGUUCAUGAGGGCAGAGACUCCAUACAUCGUGAUGAACCCCGAAACAAAGGCACGGAGAGCUGGGCAGAGCGUGUCCUUGUGCUGUAAGGCCACAGGGAAGCCCAGUCCAGACAAGUAUUUCUGGUACCACAAUGACACGCUGCUGGACCCAUCCCUCUACAAGCAUGAGAGCAAGCUGGUGCUGAGGAACCUGAGGCAAGACCAGGCUGGCGAGUACUUUUGCAAGGCCCAGAGUGAUGCUGGGGCUAUGAAGUCCCACGUUGCCCAGCUGAUUGUCAUAGCCCCUUAUGAGACUCCUUGCAACCCCACUCCUGAGAGCUACCUUAUCCGGCUGCCCCAUGAUUGCUUCCAGAAUGCCACAAACUCCUUCUAUUAUGACGUGGGCCAUUGUCCUAUCAAGACCUGUGCAGGGCAGCAGGAUAAUGGGAUCAGGUGCCGGGACGCUGUGGAGAACUGCUGUGGCAUCUCCAAAACACAGGAGAGGGAGAUCCAGUGCAGUGGGUACACGCUGCCCACCAAGGUGGCCACGGAGUGCAGCUGCCAGCGGUGUACAGAGACUCGGAGUAUCGUGCGUGGCCGUGUCAGUGCUGCUGACAAUGGGGAACCCAUGCGCUUUGGCCAUGUGUACAUGGGGAGCAACCGUGUGAGCAUGACUGGCUACAAGGGCACUUUUACCCUCCAUGUCCCCCAGGACACUGAGAGGCUGGUGCUCACAUUUGUGGACAGGUUCCAGAAAUUUGUCAACACCACUAAAGUGCUGCCCUUCAACAAGAAGGGGAGUACGGUGUUCCAUGAGAUCAAGGUGCUUCGGAAGAAAGAGCCCAUCACCUUGGAGGCCAUGGACACCAACAUUAUCCCCCUAGGGGAGGUGGCUGGUGAAGACCCUGUGGGAGAGUUGGAGAUCCCAUCCAAGAGUUUCUACAGGCAGAAUGGGGAGCCCUACACAGGGAAAGUAAAGGCCAGUGUGACCUUCCUGGAUCCCCGGAAUAUUUCCACAGCCACAACUGCCCAGAGUGAUCUGAACUUCAUCAAUGAUGAAGGAGACACCUUCCCCCUUCGGACAUAUGGUAUGUUCUCUGUGGACUUCACGGAUGAGGCCACCUCAGAGUCACUUAAUGUUGGCAAGGUGAAGGUCCACCUUGACUCAACCCAGAUCAAGAUGCCAGAGCACGUGCCCACAAUGAAACUCUGGUCGCUCAAUCCAGAUACAGGGUUGUGGGAGGAGGAAGGUGACUUCAAAUUUGAAAGCCAAAAGCGGAGCAAAAGGGAAGAGAGAACCUUCCUGGUGGGAAACAUGGAGAUCCGUGAAAGGAGACUCUUUAAUCUGGAUGUCCCAGAAAGCAGGAGGUGCUUUAUCAAGGUUAGGGCCUACCGGAGUGAGCGGUUCUUGCCCAGUGAGCAGAUCCAGGGGGUUGUGGUUUCUGUGAUCAACCUGGAGCCCAGGGCUGGCUUCUCAUCCAACCCCAGGGCCUGGGGCCGCUUUGACAGUGUCAUCACAGGCCCCAAUGGGGCCUGUGUGCCUGCCUUCUGUGAUGACCAGUACCCCGAUGCCUAUUCUGCCUAUGUCUUGGCAAGCCUGGCUGGGGAAGAACUGGAAGCAGUGCAAUCUUCUCCUAAAUUCAACCCCAAUGCUAUUGGUGUCCCUCAGCCCUAUCUCAAUAAGCUCAAGUACCGUCGGACAGACCAUGAGGACCCACGGGUUAAGAAGACAGCUUUUCAGAUCAGCAUGGCCAAGCCAAGGCCCAACUCAGCUGAGGAGAGCAAUGGGCCCAUCUAUGCUUUUGAGAACCUCCGGGCAUGUGAGGAGGCACCACCCAGUGCACCCCACUUCCGGUUCUAUCAGAUUGAGGGGGAUCGGUAUGACUACAACACUGUCCCCUUCAACGAGGAUGACCCUAUGAGCUGGACUGAAGACUACCUGGCAUGGUGGCCCAAGCCAAUGGAGUUCAGGGCCUGCUACAUCAAGGUGAAGAUUGUGGGGCCAGUGGAAGUGAAUGUGCGCUCCCGCAACAUGGGGGGCACUCACCGGCAGACAGUGGGAAAGUUGUACGGAAUCCGGGAUGUGAAGAGCACACGGGACAGGGACCAACCCAAUGUCUCAUCUGCCUGUUUAGAGUUCAAGUGCAGUGGCAUGCUCUAUGACCAGGACCGUGUGGACCGUACACUGGUGAAGGUCAUCCCUCAGGGCAGUUGCCAUCGAGCCAGCGUAAACUCCAUGCUUCAUGAGUACCUGGUCAACCACCUACCACUAGCAGUCAACAAUGACACCAGUGAAUACACCAUGCUGGCACCCCUAGAUCCACUGGGCCACAACUAUGGCAUCUAUACCGUCACUGAUCAGGACCCUCGCACUGCCAAGGAGAUUGCACUUGGCCGGUGCUUUGAUGGCACAUCCGAUGGCUCCUCCAGAGUCAUGAAGAGCAAUGUGGGAGUGGCCCUCACUUUUAACUGUGCAGAGAGGCAGGUGGGCCGCCAGAGUGCCUUCCAGUACCUCCAAAGCACCCCCGUCCGCACCCCUGCCGCAAACACUGUCAGAGGAAGAGUGCCCUCAAGGAGACAGCAACGGGCAAGUAGGGGUAGCCAGAGCUGGCGUGAAGGGGCCGCCUCUCUGAGGUUUCUUGGGGUUGCUCAGUAGCCUUUGAGCAACUAAGUCUUAUGGUACUUCUCUUCCCCCACCCCAUGCAACAGCCAUUGUGAGACUGAUGCAUAAACUGUCACUUGGUUAAUUUAAGCACAUCUGUUCUGGUGCAGUUUGCUUGUUUUGGUUUCUUCAUGCCUUUAUUUACUGUCUUUAUUCCAUGAUACCGAUUUGCACAGAGCCCCAAAAAUGGCAAAAUAAAGUCCUUUUGUCCUGUUCUUUAAAAGAAACACAAGAAAAUGACCAGUGGUAAAGUCUGUGCCCAUCAAUGAAAAUGUACUUCCUUUUCUUUUUGUGGGGUUUUGCUCACUUCUACAAUAAUGAUAAUCUGAUGUUAAAGAUCAACUAACCAAUAUAAGGCAUAUUUCUUGGCCUUGGUCUAUAGGAUGUAAGCAAGGCCUCCAUCACAGUUCAUGCAUAUAAACGGUGGUGAAAUAAAGGAAUAAACUACAAUAUUUUUACUUGAAUUUGGAACUCUGCAUUUCCCUUUACAUCUACUUUUGUUCUUGCUAGAAGCCCAGUGUACCCCAGAGCAACUGUCAAUAAAUGCACAUCUUGUACUUGUU